CGAGACGACCGUCUUCUUCCAUUUCAUUUUAUAUUUUCACCUGGAAAAAGUAAAAUCACAACAAUCACAAAGGUCUCACACAAGCAAAACCUUUCACACUUAAAUCUCUCGUCGUAGUAAAGUUUCUGUUUCUUUAGGUCUCAAUACUCACCGAUCCAACUCACUAACUCGGUCCGCUCAGUUCGCUUAACAACUCACUCAGUGAGAGAGAUUGUUUGCUGUAGCUAUGGCACUUUCAGCUUCUGAUUUACCGAUGAUGUACACGCUGCUUUCUAAUUCAAUGAGUGGCGAUGAGAGCAUUCGCAAACCGGCCGAGGCGGCGCUGUCUCAGUCCGAGAGUAGGCCUGGUUUCUGCUCUUGUCUCAUGGAAGUGAUUACUGCAAAGGAUUUAGCUUCUCAGGUUGAUGUUCGAUUGAUGGCUUCUGUCUACUUCAAAAAUAGUAUCAAUCGCUAUUGGAGGAAUAGGCGCGAUUCUUCGGGAAUAAGCAGCGAGGAGAAAGUGCAUUUGAGGAAGAAAUUGUUGUCGCACUUGAGAGAAGAGAAUUAUCAGAUAGCUCAAAUGCUUGCUGUUCUUAUUUCCAAAAUUGCUCGCUUUGAUUAUCCUAGAGAAUGGCCAGAGCUCUUUUCUGUUUUAGCACAACAGCUUCAAGUGGCAGAUGUUCUUACAUCCCAUAGGAUUUUUAUGAUCCUAUUCCGGACCUUGAAGGAAUUGUCUACUAAGCGUCUUACUGCUGACCAGAGAAAUUUUGCCGAGAUUUCUUCUCAUCUCUUUGAUUACAGCUGGCACCUUUGGCAAAGUGAUGUGCAGACAAUAUUACGUGGUUUAUCAACAAUUUCCCCUAGCUAUAAUUCAAAUGCUUUGGAGCAGCAUAAUGAUGAACUUUAUCUAACAUGUGAGAGAUGGUUGUUGUGUUCCAAGAUAAUACGUCAAUUGAUAAUCUCAGGGUUUCAAAGUGAUGCAAAAUGCAUACAGGAAAUACGACCAGUAAAGGAGGUCUCUCCUGUGCUCUUGAAUGCCAUCCAGUCAUUUCUACCUUACUAUUCAGCUUUUCAGAAGGGAAAUGAUAAAUUUUGGGACUUCAUCAAGAGGGCAUGUACCAAAUUGAUGAAAGUUUUGAUUGCGAUUCAGGGGAGACAUCCUUAUACAUUUGGUGAUAAGUGUGUCCUUCCACCAGUCAUGGAUUUCUGUUUAAACAAGAUAACAGACCCUGAGGUGGAUAUACUGUCAUUUGAACAAUUCCUGAUUCAGUGUAUGGUAAUGGUGAAAUCUUUGUUGGAAUGUAAAGAAUACAAACCAAGUCUUACUGGCCGGGUGAUGGAUGAAAAUGGGGUUACACUAGAGCAGAUGAAGAAAAAUAUUUCCAAUGUUGUUGGUGGUGUCUUGACUUCCCUUCUGCCUAGUGAACGAAUAGUUCUUCUGUGUAAUGUAUUGAUAAGAAGGUAUUUUGUUCUAACAGCAACUGACUUGGAGGACUGGUACCAAAACCCCGAAUCUUUUCACCAUGAGCAGGAUAUGGUUCAAUGGACAGAAAAAUUAAGGCCUUGUGCUGAAGCAUUAUACAUCGUAUUGUUUGAAAACCAUAGCCAGCUGCUAGCUCCUGUUGUUGUGUCUAUCCUUCAAGAGGCAAUGAAUGGUUGCCCAGCUUCAGUAACUGAAAUCACUCCAGGGUUGCUUCUCAAGGAUGCUGCUUAUGGUGCUGCAGCAUAUGUUUAUUAUGAGCUUUCAAAUUAUCUGAGCUUCAAAGAUUGGUUUAAUGGUGCUUUAUCCCUUGAACUCUCAAAUGAUCAUCCAAAUAUGCACAUCAUCCAUCGGAAAGUUGCACUAAUAUUGGGACAAUGGGUGUCUGAGAUUAAAGAUGACACAAAAAGAGCAGUAUAUUGUGCUUUGAUCAAAUUGCUACUGAAUAAAGACCUAUCUGUCAGGUUGGCAGCCUGUCGGUCUUUGUGCUUACAUAUUGAAGAUGCCAAUUUCUCAGAACAAGAUUUUAGUGAUCUACUUCCUAUUUGUUGGGAUUCAUGCUUUAAGUUGGUUGAGGAAGUUCAGGAGUUUGACUCAAAGGUUCAGGUUUUAAAUUUGAUAUCCAUUCUCAUUGGACAUGUCAAUGAAGUCAUUCCAUAUGCAGACAAGUUGGUGCAUUUCUUCCAAAAGGUUUGGGAGGAAUCUUCUGGUGAAAGCCUUCUACAGAUGCAGCUUCUUAUUGCUCUUCGAAACUUUGUGGUUGCUCUUGGAUAUCAAUCACCCAAAUGCUACAACAUGCUACUUCCAAUUUUGCAAAGGGGAAUCGAUAUUAAUAGUCCUGAUGAGCUAAACCUUCUGGAGGACAGCAUGCUGUUGUGGGAAGCCACACUUUCUCAUGCUCCUGCAAUGGUACCUCAACUAUUGGCAUACUUUCCAUGUCUAGUUGAAAUUAUGGAAAGAAGUUUUGAUCACUUGCAGGUUGCUGUGAACAUCAUCGAGGGUUACAUUAUUCUGGGUGGAUCUGACUUUUUAAGAAUGCACGCCUCCAAUGUUGCUAAACUUCUUGAUCUGGUUGUUGGAAAUGUUAAUGAUAGAGGGCUGCUCGCAACGCUUCCAGUCAUUGAUGUUCUAAUACAGUGUUUUCCUGUGGAAGUGCCCCCGUUCAUCACCAGUACACUACAAAAAUUGAUUGUUAUAUGUCUGAGUGGAGGAGAUGACCAUGAUCCUUGUAAGACAGCGAUUAAAGCCACUUCAGCUGCUAUUCUAGCCAGGAUUUUGGUGAUGAAUACCAAUUACCUUGCUCAAUUAACAUCUGAACCAUCAGUUUCAUUACUACUCCAGCAGGCGGGUAUUCCAAUCGAAGAAAAUAUACUACUUUGUCUAGUUGACAUAUGGCUUGACAAGGUAGACAAUGUAUCUUCUGUCCAGAAAAAGAUAUUUGGCUUAGCCCUUUCUAUAAUUUUGACAAUGAGACUACCUCAAGUUCUUGACAAACUUGAGCAGAUCCUAAGCGUAUGUACAAGCGUAAUUUUGAGUGGAAAUGAUGCCUUAACAGAGGAAGAGUCCAGUGGCGACAAUAUGAGCUCUAGCAGGUAUCACAGUGAAGGCACAAUCCCGAGUAAAGAGUUAAGAAGGAGACAGAUCAAGUUUUCGGACCCUGUUAACCAGCUGUCAUUAGAAACGUCAGUGAGAGACAAUCUUCAAACAUGUGCUGCCCUUCAUGGAAAAUCCUUUGAUUCAGCCAUGAGUAGAAUGGAUGGUUCUACAGUUAUUCAAUUGAAGCAUGCAUUGAAGAUGCCGUAGCCAUGGUGGUGAUUAAUGUCAACCUUAUGAAUUAGUAAAAUGGUGAGAGCGUUUCAAAUUUCCUAUUAGUUUCAUAUAUUGAAAAGGUGGUGUUGAAGGUUUUUUGACUUUGGAUUGGUUUCUACAUUCUUUGUACUAAUAAUUUAUAGGUGCGUGGGCCGGGUGUUGAUUUCAUCAUUCAUAUUAAAUUUAAUUUGUAAAUGCCCCUCUGGCAACAGGAAACUCUGUAAAUAGAUUGCUGCUCCUUUCAUAUCUGCUUAUUGAAGGCAUGGAGGAUCAGGCAUUGAGUUUAUAAGAAUUGUCAAUACUUGUGAAAAUGAAAUGAGGGAAGAAAGGAAUGUAUACGGAGUUUUCUUAGAAUGAUCUUUCUGGAAAUUGCUUUUCGGAUUCUGUUUUUUAGAUUGAAGAUUUGAGUAUCAUCA